ACCGGCGGAGCCGAGAGCGCCUCUCGUCCACACAGCCACCCCCGUCCGGCUUGUCCGGGUCCCUCCGCCCACACCCACCGCGUGCCGGGCCGGAACGGGGUUGGGGCGGGGCGUGACGCACGCUGCGCGAUUUAUACGCGCCAACCACGGCACUUGCUCGCUGCUUUGCUCUCGUUGCCGUGCUGAUUUUUUUAGGUGGUUACUGGCCUGCCUGUCUCGAGCGGGAAGCUCCGGAUUACGUGAGGCCUGAGAGCUGGGUUGGGUGGGGACUCAGGGUGUGCCGCCUGAGGCCGAGGAGUAGGAGAGGGGCGGGGGCGGCAUGAGGAUCCAGUGCGACGCGUGCGAGGCCGCGGCAGCCACGGUGGUGUGCUGCGCCGACGAGGCGGCGCUGUGCGCGCGCUGCGACGUCGAGAUCCACGCCGCCAACAAGCUCGCCAGCAAGCACCAGCGGCUCCCGCUCGCGCUCGGCGACGCCACCGCCGCCAGCGCCAGCAGCCUCCCGCGCUGCGACGUCUGCCAGGAGAAGCCGGCCUUCAUCUUCUGCGUCGAGGACAGGGCGCUCUUCUGCCGCGACUGCGACGAGCCCAUCCACGUCCCCGGCACGCUCUCCGGCAACCACCAGCGCUACCUCGCCACCGGCAUCCGCGUCGGCUUCAGCUCCGUCUGCGGCGCCGGCGCCGGCGCUGAGGGCCUCCCGCCGCCGGCGCCGCCCAAGGGCAGCUCCAAGCCCGCGGCCGUCGUCAGCGCGCCAGCUGCCGGGGCCACCAAGACAACGACGACGGUCAAGGACACGCUGCCGCAGGAGGUGCCGUCGUCGCCGUUCCUGCCACCGUCCGGUUGGGCUGUCGAGGACCUCCUGCAGCUGUCCGACUACGAAUCCAGCGACAAGAAAGACUCGCCUCUUGGGUUCAAGGAGCUGGAGUGGUUCGCGGACAUCGACCUGUUCCACGCCCAUUCGCCCGCUAAAACCACUACGGCGGAGGUCCCCGAGUUGUUCGCCUCGCCGCAGCCAGCGAGCAACGCCGGGUUCUACAAGACGAACGGAGUAGCGCGCCAGAGCAAGAAGCCACGGAUGGAGGUGCCUGAGGACGACGAGGACUACUUCAUCGUUCCUGAUCUUGGCUGAGAUGAGAGAUCUUUGCAUGAUUCUCCUGUCAUGUGAUGUGUGUAUGUAUGCAAAAUAUGUAUGUAUGCCAUCAUGAGAUGCACUGACGCUUACUGGACAUAUGUACUGUAAUUAUAAGGCAGGGCCAUACUUUCAGCCUGAUAAAUGAGACCGGUUUGAUGUAUGAGAUAAAUUCACUUGGUACA